UCGUUAAAUUACAUCUGCAAAGGCGAGGUGCAGUGCCUGUAUCGCAUUACCUUGACAUGGUUAUUGUGGUUAUUGAUAAAUAAUAUAACACUUUUCAUUAAAGAACAGUGCAUCCAAAGAAUAAAAACACCGGUAGUGAUGUAUUCGAAGCUCUGCAGCGUCUUGGCCUAUACGGCAAGGGCGAAUCUCAUCAGACAGAAUGCAAUCAGACCUGCUUUACUCUCAGUUGCACAAAAGCAAAUAAAUAAUGAUCACCAGCAGAGAAGAGAGUACAAGAACUUUGGGCACAGAAUAAAGCCCAUGCCAGGUAUAACCAAGGCCUGGAUAACAUUCUUGUUGGCGUGCCUUACUUUACCACUCAUAAAUUAUAGAUGGUUUAAAGCGAAGCUAUUUCCUGCUGUGAAAGCACAUUCAGAGCCCAAACACAAUGAAAUUAAAUCAUCAGAUGCUGAAACUGAAGAUGAAGAAAGCGACAGUGACGAUGAGGAAGAGAGCGACAAACCAGCAAAGAAGAAGAAGGAAAAGAUUGGUUUCCGCGAGAGAAAGAUUAUUGAAUAUGAAAAUAGAUUGCGGUCUUACUCGGCCCCCGACAAAAUAUUCCGAUAUUUUGCGACAAUUAAAGUUGUCACCCCGAGCGGUGUCGAGACUUACAUGACGCCCGAUGAUUUUUUGCGAGCUAUUACUCCAGGGAUGCGGCAACCCGAGGGUUUAGGAUUGGACCAGUUCAAGCGUUACGACCCAAAAACUCUGCAGGAUCGUUUGGAUUUAACUCUGGAUAAAGAUAGUAUUUUCUACAAACUUGGCAGUUCUGGAUUGAUCACUUUUUCUGAUUAUAUCUUUUUGUUAACUGUUCUUUCGACUUCUAGGAGACACUUCGAGAUUGCUUUCAGCAUGUUUGAUUUAAAUGGUGACGGGGAUGUCGACUGUGAGGAGUUUGAGAAAGUUGCCACGUUGAUCCGACAACAAACGAGCAUUGGUUCACGUCAUCGUGAUCACUCCAAUACUGGCAAUACCUUCAAAGGUGUCAAUUCUGCGCUGACGACUUACUUUUUUGGUCCAAAGUUGAAGGAGAAACUGACAAUCGAAAAGUUCCUUGAUUUUCAGGAGCAGUUGCAGAAGGAAAUCUUGAGUUUAGAGUUUCAUCGCAAAAAUCCUGAUGAGAAUGGCAAUAUUAGUGAGGCAGAUUUUACUGAGUUGUUGCUAGCUUACGGUGGGUACCCACAGAAGAAGAAAGUCAAGAUGCUAAAGCGUGUUAAAAAGAUGUUCAAAGAAACUGGCACUGGAAUAUCCCGCACUGACUAUCUGAACUUCUUCCAUUUUUUGAACAACAUCAACGAUGUAGACACGGCAUUAACCUUCUACCAUAUUGCUGGUGCAUCGAUUGAUCAAGCAACAUUGAAACAUGUUGCUAAAACUGUGGCGCAUGUUGAUUUGAGCGAUCACGUUGUAAAUGUUGUUUUUACAAUUUUUGAUGAAAAUCUGGAUGGUCAAUUGAGUAACAGAGAAUUUAUUGCCGUGAUGAAAAACAGAUUAAUGCGUGGCCUAGAGAAACCUAAAGAUACAGGCUUUGUCAAGUUUAUGAUGUCUGCUGUUAAAUGCGCCAAAGAAACAAAACUCGGACCGUUAUAAACUUAGUUUAAAAGUUCUUAAACGCCUUCCAAAGAAUACUUUUAAAUUUAAGCGAGCGUAAAUAAUUCAAUCAUAUAUGAUUAACUACUAGAAGGUUCCUUGGAUUGUUACUAUUAUUUAUAUUGUUCUAUUGCUACUUAAAGUUUUAUUGCCCAGUGAACAAAAUAUUUCUAGUCCUACCAGUUUAUACAGUUAUUCUAUGAUGUUGAACUAUAUAAUCCUGAAAACUUGACUUAUUGUAACAUGAUAGACUUGUGAGUAAAAUAAUAUGUUCUUUGUGGA